CUGAAUUCUGAUUACAACUUUUUUAUCUUGAACUGCAGGAAUAUGCCAUGAUAGCAGUGCAGUAUUUUCUUGGUAACCAAGCUGAAACAUCACUGUAUUCUCUUUUGCACUGGAUUUGCAGCUACCAGACUCUAUUUUCAAUAUCAUGCAGAAAAUGUUCAAAGCUACUUGCCAUGGAUAAACAAUCAAAUUUAUUGUUACCCCCAGUCCACCUGCCCUACCUGCCCUACUGGAAGUUUUCAUUUUCAAAAAAUUUGUCAACCUUAUCUUCAAAGGACCAGAAUUCAGAUAAUACUAUGGCUUAUCAUAUUGGCUGCCUCUCUGAGGAAGCAUGAUCACACAUUAUUAAUUUUAAGUAAGUUGAGUGCCAUAACUUAUGUGGAACUUAUAGGAGUAAUAGUCCCCUUUUCAUUGUCCUUACUUAUGCAGCGGAGCACCGAUACUACAAAGUUGCCUACACGUGUGCUCAACACUAAUAUGUGUUAUUGCAUUCAACCAUUUCUAUUUUCUCAACUUAUUACUGGUGUCUAUGUGUUAGUGUCAGUGCCGUGUCUAUUAGA